GCUGCAACAAACCUUGCAUCUAAGCGGUAGCAAAAACCGACUUACACAAUUGCUUUCUUGCAACGUUAAAUAUUGCUUCUCGAGGCUGAAAUUUUUUGUUGUAUCAAAGGUCUAAAUAUCCUAUUGCAUUCUGUGUUACUGUUUCGGAAUCUGGGUGUCAUAAAAUGCCGAUAUUUUCAACGAUGUACAAUCUCAUUGUGGGUGGCAGCAAGUCUCCGUCCAGAUGUCUGGAUGAAAAUGACAGCUGUAGCCUCAGCAGGAAAGCAAAGGCCUCGCCUGGUAACUCGUCCGUACUCAAAAAACUGAACAGGAAGCAAGGAGAUGCACUUCUUAUGGAGACCAACAAGUUUGCCUACGAGAAAGGGACGCCAUCUUCUUCCAGCAAGAAACGUGAACGAAGUACAUCUGAAGAACGCGACAUCAAUGACGAAAAUUCUGGAACGACGAAAAGAAGGCGUGUAAAUGUAUCAAAGGGAGACGACUUCGAGGAGGCUGCGAGUUUCCUUUCCACUAUUGUCGACAAAGUGUCGAACACAACGGCAUUCAUUUCAAAAACUGAAACCAAUACGACUGCUUCAGAUAACUCGGGUGGCGAAUCGAUCGUUUCUGCGAAUGAAGUCAAGGAGGACCACGUUCCUGUAGAUGAUCCAUCACUUUCAAAAACCGAAAGAACAAACAAUGGCAUUUUCGCAAAUGCCGAUGACAUGGGAUUGAGCAUGCGUGAAACACGCGAUACUUAUAGCGAUGCUCGUGGUGAUCAUGAGCCGUUACGAUCUUCUGAAGAUUCGUUUGUUUCCGCUUCGUCUGCGGAAAUAGCGACGACAUCAAAGAUGUCGAUGACAACUCGACUUCGGCCACUCGUCACAGCGAAAAUUCUUCCAUGCACGAAAAUGAAACGAUGGCGGCCGACGACUUUUCAUCAAUAAACAGUAAGAUCUCGGAUCACAGUCCUGGCGAUAUCCUCAUACCUAAAGUCGAUUGCCUUUCUAAUCUUACUGAUGAGGGAAAAUCUCAGAAAUCGCCUCAAGGGAAUCAGCUCGUUCCCAACCUCCUUUUGGAGGAUGAUAAACAACUAGGGAUGUCGGAAGAGGAGAAUUGUGACGAACAAGUGGUACAUGAAAGGCAACAGAAAAAUGAAUCGGAAGAAGACAAGGAGAGAAAACUUGUUGCUCAACAGAUAUCUGAUGGCGUUCUAACAGAUUCCAUGUUAAGAGAGGAGAACAAACUGAA